AUGCGCCAUGUAGUCUGUGGGAAUCAGAAGGCAAAAUGCCCCUUGAAUCUGGUCAGGGAUCAAACUGAUGCUUGCAGCUAUUACCGGGCUGGUGACUUUCUCAUUAGUGGCAUUGUAUCUUCAAAACAUUUUGCUAAUCAGGCUGCAUACGUCUUUUCCAAGACCCCCUUCACCAGCACUGAGAAGUAUGUCAUCCUGUACAGAGGGACGUACAGAGAGAUCAACCAGGAUCUCAGGCUCUUACCCAACAUCACCCUGGGCUACAACCUCUAUGAGAACUACGCAGAUGCAAGGAUGACUUCAGAUGCUAUGCUAGAACUGCUUACAGGAAGUAGAAGCAAUAUUCCCAAUUAUCACUGUGGAGAUCCAAAUGAUCUGCUAGUUGUUCUUGAAAGGGGAAAUUCUGCCAUCUCAAAAGAGAUUUCAGCCAUGUCAAGCAUCUACAAAAUCCCACAGAUCAGUUAUGGCUUCACUGCCCAGGGUCUUGAAGAUAAAACUCAGUUCCCUUUUGUCUACCGGAUGCUCCCAAAAGAGAAAACUCAGCACCAAGGAAUUGUCGAGUUGCUCCUGCAUUUUGGAUGGACAUGGAUUGGUCUCUUGGCUCCGGACAAUAACAGUGGAGAAAUGUUUGUGAGCGCCUUGACACCUCUGCUGAUCAGCAGAGGGAUUUGCAUUGCCUUAUCAAAAAUAAUAAAAGAAAAUGAUCUAGCACUUAGGAUCAGCCCAGGUGAACCUUUUUCCAUCUGGAGACAAGUCGGUGUGUUUGUUUGCUAUGUAACUGACAUCGUGGGCAUCUUCAAAAUUGUGUCGAUACACAGUCUGUAUGAGAAGGAAAUAGGGGCGAAAGUCUGGAUCACAACCUCUUUUCAGGAAAUCAGUGUUAGCUUGUCUAAUCCCCCUAUGUACUUCCAGUACAUUCAUGGCUCUCUCUCCUUUGUAAUGAAGACCAGAAUAAAGAGCACAAAACAUGAUUACUAUGCAGUACAUUCCAAUCUUCUUCAGCAUUUUCUGGGGGAAAUGUUUCAUUGUUCAUAUUCAAAGCAUGUGUUGUCUGUGAAGGGCAAGACAAGAUGCAGAGAGGAGGAGAACCUGGAGGCUCUGCCGCAAGAGGAGCUGGAGAGAGCCCUGUCUCAAGACAGCUACAGCACUUACAUCAAUGCUCAAGCUGCGGCUCAGGCCUUCAAUGCUGCAUUUUCAUCUAGAUCAAAGCGGCUGCUGAUGGUGGGGGAAGGAAACAAGGGGAAACAUCAAAGGCUACAACCAUGGCAGGGCUGUUCGGAUACUAAAUGGGGGAAAGCUGCAGAAAUCACCUUGCGAUCAUUGGAGGAAAGGUCAGAGGAUGAUGAUCGCGGUGAUGAUGACAAUGAUAAUGAUCGCCAGAGGGAGGACUUCUCUGUUAUGCCGUACCUCAUUCCAGGUGUACUGAAAGAUGUCGACCUGGAUACGCCAAGGUGGUUCAAGAAGGAAAGCCUGUUUGCUGCUAUGCUUGCGUUCCGUGUGCAGAAGGAGCAUUCUCCACUCAGGCAGAUACAGAACAUUGCACCAAAUGCCCAGAAGAUCAGCAUCCAAACAAGGACAGAAAUCAAUGUGUCCUCAAGACUGUGA